AUGAUGUUCGGUGCCCCGACUCACAGACUCGAGGAGUACCUGCGCAUGAUGGCUAGGGUGCUCGAGAUUGAUGGACAAUUUCUAUACCUUCCUGGCUGCAUGAUCAUUUCUUUUGAUGAUUUGUCUACUCACACUACUGAGGUCAAGAUUGUUCGAUCAGUGCAGGGUGUCAAUCUGGGCAAGCUGAAGGACUCUCACGAAAUCUAUAAAGAGGUUCUGCACGAUGUCGUCCCUGUUGAUGAGGCCAUUGUCCGACUGGAUGACAUUAUCAAGUCCAAGGACAAGUUCAACCCCUGGUUUCGUGUCCUCAUGAUGGGUCUCGCAAGUGCUACUGUUGCACCGUUCGCCUUUGACGGUCGUCCUAUCGAUAUGCCAAUCUGUUUCCUGCUCGGCUCCCUCCUUGGAUUCUUGCAGCUCAUCGUCGCACCAAAGUCGGAUGUGUACACAAACGUGUUUGAAAUCGGUGCUGCUGUUCUGACUAGUUUCCUUGCAAGAGCUUUUGGAAGCAUUCAAGGCGGCGAAUUGUUCUGCUUCUCGGCCAUCGCUCAGAGCUCAAUCUGUCUUAUCCUUCCAGGUUACCUCGUUCUUUGCGCCGCCUUGGAAUUGCAGUCAAAAGCCAUUGUACCCGGUUCCAUCAGAAUGGUGUAUGCUAUCAUCUACUCCCUGUUCCUUGGUUUCGGCAUCACCAUUGGCACAGCCAUUUACGGUUGGAUAGACGACAACGCGACCUCGUCGACUACCUGUAGUAACACUCUCGACUCGCAUUGGAACUUCCUAUUCGUGCCUGCGUUCGCCUUCUGCUUGACAUAUGUCAAUCAGGCGAAAUGGAAGCAAAUGCCGGUUAUGAUUCUCAUUGCCUUGGUUGGCUAUAUCGUCAACUUCUUCCUGUCCAAGAAAUUCCCAAACAGUACACAGAUCUGCAACACCAUCAGCGCCUUCGCUGUCGGCAUUUGCGCCAAUCUUUACAGUCGCCUCCGGCACGGUGUCGCGGCCGCAGCCUUGCUCCCUGCCAUAUUUGUGCUGGUGCCUAGCGGGUUGGCUGCUACCGGUAGUCUCCUCAGCGGGUUGAGCACUGCUAACGAGUUGACUAACUCGACUUCGACGGUCAACGGAACCUCGACGGUAGCGGUCUCGAGCGAUAGCUCCCUCGACACCAUCGUGUUCAACGUCGCGGCAAGCAUGAUCGAGAUUGCCGUCGGUAUUACGGUCGGGCGUAUCGAAAAAGGAAACAGAUUACGAUACACUCACUGCUCCCACGCCUUUUCCAUGUGCUUCGCGGUUGAAGUUACACCUUGA